AUGGCCAUGGAGACGGAGCCCGCCGCCGCCUCGUUCCUGCUCGGCCCUCCCGUCAUCCGCGGCGUCCGCCCGCCGCCGCCCGCCGCCGGCGACGCUGCCCCUGCAUCCCACCCGUUCGUCGACCUCCUCGACGCGGCCUUCAACGCGCCGUCCGCCUCGGAGCUCAAGUCCCUGCGCAAGCCGCAUCGUGCCCUCACGGAGAACUGCUCCGCCACGUACGCCAACUCGGGCAACCCCUGCCUCGACUUCUUCUUCCAGGUCGACCCCGACACCGCGCUCAAGCUCGCCUGCAACCUCCGCGGCGUGCGCGGCACCGGCAAGUCCGACAAGGAGGCCUUCUACGCCGCCGCGCUCUGGCUGCACGCCAACCACCCCAGGACGCUCGCCUGCAACGUCGCCGCGCUCGCGCAGUUCGGAUACCUCAAGGACUUCCCCGAGCUGCUCUUCCGCCUCGUCCGUGGCCCCGAGGUGCGCAAGAGGGAGGGCCUCCGGGAGAGGUUGUCUGGCCGGAAGCGCGCCCGCGAGGCUGCCCCUGUUCUGCUCAAGGCCACGUUCGGCUACUACCUGUCCGCUGCCCUCGCCAAGGCCAAGAGCAAGCCCAUGGAGAUCCAGACCCCGGAGCAGGAACCGGAGGCCAUGGAGGUGGAUCAGAAUCAGAUCACCGAGAAGAAGCCGCGGGUCGCUGGAGACGUACUAGGCGACCGCGCCUACCGCUUCCUGUUCGACGCCGUGGCCGAGUUCUUGGCCGACCUCCUCGCCUCCGACCUCGAGCAGAUGGCCCCCGGCGGGAAGCGGAACAAGAUCGGGCUCGCCGCCAAGUGGUGCCCCACGCCGGGCUCUUCCUUCUACCACACGACGCUGCUCUGCGAGGCCAUUGCCCGCCGCUUCUUCCCUGAAGAGCACUACGUCUACCGCGUCCUCCACCGCGAGGUCCUGGUGCCGCUGCGCGAGCUCCUCAAGCUCCCGGAGGUGUACAUGAGCUCGCAGCGGUGGGCCGAGCUGCCCUACGCCCGCGUGGCCUCGGUGGCCAUGAAGCGCUACAAGUCCAAGUCCCAGUUCAAGAAGCACGACGAGCUGCGCUUCGCCAAGUACCUCGAGGACGUCGACGCAGGCAAGGCCAAGAUCGCGGCGGGCGCGCUCCUGCCGCACGAGAUCGCCGCGCCCGCCUACCGCGGCGAGGACGACGAGGUCUCGGAGCUGCAGUGGCGCCGCAUGGUGGACGACCUCCACGCCAAGGGGUCGCUGCGCAACUGCAUCUCCGUCUGCGACGUGUCCGGGAGCAUGGAGGGCACCCCCAUGGAGGUGUGCAUCGCGCUGGGCGUGCUCACGUCGGAGCUGAGCGAGGAGCCGUGGGCGGGCAAGGUGAUCACGUUCCACUCCAGGCCCUCCAUCCACGUGAUCAAGGGCAACACGCUCCGUGCCAAGAUGAAUUUCGUGGAGCGCCUGGAGUGGCACGGGAGCACCAACUUCCAGGGGGUGUUCGACCAGAUCCUCCGCACGGCCGUGGAAGCUCGGCUGGCGCCGGAGAAGAUGAUCAGGACCGUGUUGGUGUACAGCGACAUGGAGUUCAACGAGGCGACCGGGAGGGGCUACUGCUACGGAUCGGGGUCGUGGGACACGGACUACAAGGUGAUCUGCGACAAGUUCGAGGACGCCGGCUACGGCGACGUGGUGCCCCAGAUCGUGUUCUGGAACCUGCGCGACUCCAAGUCGACGCCGGUGACGUCGACCCAGCCGGGAGUGGCCAUGGUCAGCGGCUUCUCCAAGAACUUCCUCAAGAUCUUCCUGCAGAAGGACGGCGUGGUCAACCCUGAGGCCAUCAUGAAUGAGGCCAUCGCGGGCGAAGAGUACCAGAAGCUGGCCGUCUUCGAUUAG